CUUUCAUUCACUGUAUAGCAAGAAACACCAUGUAAUUGAGAUUCCAUGAGCAUCCUUGACCAUUUUUUGCUGACUUUUUCUCACCACUGCCCCUUCAUAAAUCCAUAUCCAUCUGCUUCAAUUCCAUUCACUAAGAAAAACACCACCACAACAAAACUUAGAAAAACAAAGUAAGUUUAAGGUUUAAAGAGAAAACAAAAAAGAAGAAGAAGAUGAAAAUCAUCACAAAGUGCAUAUUUAGUGCAUUAGUUCUUGCCAUGUCCUCUGUUUUAUCAUCACUUGUUGUUAAUGGAGACCCUUUAGUUCCCGCCCUCUGCAUUUUCGGGGACUCUGUAGUUGAUGUUGGGAAUAAUAACAAUCUCCCAACGCCCAUUAAAGCGAAUUUUCUGCCUUACGGAAGAGAUUUCGUCACCCAUCAACCCACCGGAAGGUUCUGCAAUGGCAAGCUGGCCACGGAUUUCACCGCUGAGUAUCUUGGGUUCGAUUCAUAUCAACCGGCAUACCUCAGCCGAGAAGCCAAAGGGAAGAAUAUUCUCAUCGGCGCCAACUUUGCCUCGGCUACUUCCGGCUAUUUCGACAGCACACCACUACUAUAUGGGGCUCUGUCACUGGCACAGCAGCUCGGCUACUACAAGAACUGGCAGAGCAAAGUGGUGACUUUGGUGGGAAGGAAUAAAGCUAGUGCUAUAUUCUCAAAAGCAAUUCAUCUUAUAAGUGCUGGGACUAGUGAUUUUAUCCAGAACUAUUACAUUAAUUCCCUUCUCAACCGAGCUUACAGCCCGGACCAAUUUUCCGACCUUCUCAUGAAAUCUUAUUCUUCCUUAAUCCAGAACCUAUACAAUCUUGGAGCAAGAAGAAUUGGGGUCACGACUCUGCCGCCAACCGGAUGUUUGCCAGCUGCCAUUACCUUAUUCGGCUUCGGAAGCAAUCAGUGUGUUGAUAGGCUUAACCGAGACGCUGUUUCGUUUAACGAAAAACUGAAUGCGACAUCUCGGAAUUUGAGGGCCAAUCAUCCAGGAUUGAAACUUGUGGUUUUUGAUAUCUACCAGCCUCUCUUGGAUUUGGUCUCAAAACCAAGUGAUGGCGGUUUUUUCCAGUCGACGAAGAGUUGCUGUGGGACGGGCUUAAUCGAGACGUCGUUUUUGUGCAAUUCGAUAUCUGUAGGAACAUGUUCGAACGCGACAGAGUACGUUUUCUGGGAUGGAUUUCACCCCUCGGAAUCUGCUAAUGAGAAAUUGGCACAAAGUCUGCUUGAGCAAGGAUCUGAGCUCAUAUCUUAGAGUUUUGAGGUUGUCUUCUGUUUUAGUUUCAAGACUUUGUUUUAGAGUAUUGAAGAGGAGAUGAUGAUGAUAAUAUUUGAAAAUUUAAGUUGAGGAAUGUGUAAGAAUGUUUAUUAUUCUACUGUUAAAGUUACCAUAUAAUUUGUUGGGCCUAAGUGAAUGGAUAAUAUAGUAGAGUUUGAAGUUUAGCAGAAUUACCUGAAUGUUCACUAUUUGAUUGAUUUAUUGGGCCUAAUUGAAUGGAUAAUAGUAAAGGUUUGAUGGAUUUCUGAAAAUAAAUGUGGAUUUUGAAG